AUGCCCUGCAGGCACCACCUCCAGAGGCCGCCUGGUCAAUCCCAUCCUCCUGCCACCACGCGCGGACUGGGUGGCUGCACAAAUGCAAGCACUGUGCAGCGAACCAAUCCACAUGUACGACUUGAAGGCAGCAGUCGAUCAAACCAGGCACGCAGUGCUUCGGGAGCUGACAGAAUCACGUUCCAGAUGCUGCGCAACUUGGCUGAUGCCGAGAAGGAGCGGCUCCUCGAGUGCUUCAACAUCAUCUGGGACACCGGUGUCCUCCCGGAGAGCUGGCUGGUUGCAGUCGUGACACCAAUCCUGAAAUCCCGGAAGCCUGCCUUAACCCUAUCCUCAUACAGGCCGGUGUCCCUUACCUCCGCCGCCUGCAAGGCUAUGGAAAGGGUGGCACUUGCACGCCUAGAGUGGAUUGCGGCCCAACUCCAGUACUUCCCGGAGCAGCAAACGGGCUUCCGGCGCCAACGCUGCACGGCAGACUCUAUCUCCGAUGUGGUGGCCACCCUGGAGGAUGCCAAGGCCAUGGGGGACGUGGCAAUGCAGGUGCUUCUGGACGUCGAGAGUGCCUUUGACGGACUUCCUCACGCGGUCAUCGAAGCCAGCCUAAACCGUCUCAAUUAA